UAUCAAACGUCAUCGUGACAGUCGGUGUCGUUUUCCCGAUUGUCUUUUGUGGCUGGAUCCGCAUACGGAAAGUGCUCGUUUUUCUAAAAUUCCAAAUUUUUCUUUCGUGAGUUCAACUUUUCGUUUCGAACAGACAAUGGCCGAUCUGGAUGAUUUUUUCGCAAAGAAAGACCGUAAGAAGUCGAAGGGCUCCAAGAAGUUUUCGACCACCGAGGAAGUGGCUAAGAAACUGGAAGACAGUGCCAAAAAAACUGAAAAGGUGAAAAAAGAACCGAGAAACGUUGAGGGGGAGGAGAACCAGUCUUCGACGCACGUAAGUUUUUGAUUUUUCAACGUCCAAAACGACGAAAAUGACGUGUUAAAUUAAGGAGUUGAGGUUAAAGCAGUAGCCAUAUUGCAACGUUUUUUUAAGUGGCCCGAACCACCUAUUUCUUGCAGGAUCAGGAUGAAUGGAAGGACUUCGAAGAGGAGAAGAAAGACUAUUCCGGCCUUAAAAUCGGCAAUCUAACCAUUGGUUCCAAUACUGAUGAAAAUGCCACAACCACAAAAACUUCCAGUAACGAACAGCAGCAGGAAGAUGAACAGAUGCCCGAAUCUGAGCGAAAAGUGGGUCCAUGGAAGCGUAUCGAGCAUAACGAAGCUCAACCUCAAGUGGAGGAACCUCCGCAGGAAAAACGGCCUGAACCGCAACAGCCGAACGUCGUGAAAGGCGCGUACGUACCGCCGAGCAUGCGCGCAGGCGCUGGGGGAGGGGGGCCCCAAUUGCAGCAGCAGCACUCACGGUUGAAAUCCAAGGUCGCACCUGACAUUCAUAACGAGGAUUUCUUCCCUACACUUUCCAAGAGCGACCAUAAGAAAAACCGCACCGAAGGCGGAUCCUUCGAGGUGGUGCACAACAGUAGAACUUCCAAUUACAGACAAGCGGAGCAAUCGAAAAUGAACACGUCCCAUGGCCCCAAACUAAACCUGGGUAACCGCUACAAUACUCUUAGCAACGACAGCUAGUGUUGCUCUAACCAUCCAUCCUAGGGACAUUUCAUUGUGUAUCUUUUUCAUGUGGUGGCCAUCUCGUGAGAACUUUCUUUUAUUUAAAAAAAAACUCAUCGUCUAAAUUGUGAUUCUCUGAUAUUCUUCCGAUUCGGAACGAACGUUCCCUCAUACAUGUGAAUAGUUGUGAGUGUAUUACUGAACUGAUGCGGUACUUUGACGUGAGUACUUGCUAGAAAGCCGAAAAGUGGUAAUGGACGAGUUUAUUGUUUGUACGCGUUUGUCAAAUAAGGUGAACAUCGUCUAGUUGAGAAAUGUCAACGCAAUUUUGCGGUUGUUUCCUUAUCUCGCGGCCAGUGCGGAAUUUUGUUUGUUGUUUGUUUGUAAAUAAUGUGCAAAAAAUCACUAUAGUUUCGCAUACCAUAUACUGGGCCGAGAAGUUUGAGGAAAAUGAGGUCCUUUCUGUUGUACAGCGCCAUCUAUGAGAUACUAGUAGUAUAUAGUAAAUAGAGAAGCAGUUGUCACAAUUUCUCUACAGCAUCUCAUUUUAUCCCGGAUAAUUUUUGGGAUGCGGAUAUAUAGCAUAAUAAUAAUAACUACAUCAUAAACUUUGAGUUCGCUACUAUGUUAUUAUGAUGUCACGAUAAUGUUAAUCUGUCUAUACAAAGAGCUUGUGACAGGUGUAGUUAUAAAAUUUUGUGUUUCAUAAUAAUCUAUAUCAAUAUAAAAUGGGCAUAUUAUAUCAAGUUUAAAUAUGAAAUUAGGGAAAAAUAGAUAAAGUUGACUGGGAGAAACUCUAUAUUAGAAUAAUGCAUUCAAUAUGGUCACCUUAUUUGAUAUCAUGGUAUUUAAAAGUCAUAAUUUAACUGCAGAGCAUGUAGAUUAACUUUUCUGUUGCAUGUCGUUUCCAAAGCGGAGGUAAUUUUUUGUAUACAUCCAAAAAGCUUAUUUAUUUCAUUGGUUGGGUCGUUAGCAAAUACGUUUGUGCAGGAUGCAGUUAUAAAACUUUGUAUGUAUGUGGUUAAAUUGUGGCUUUGUACGUUUAAAACAAUGUACUGUUGAUACUUACAAAGUAAGUCAUUUACACCUUAUAAAAGAUAACAUAUGAAUUAUUCUGAAUAAAAUGAUUCUAUAGUUACUCGGUGUUAUUGCUAAAAAACGUCACUCCCUCAGAGUUUUUUUAUCUUCUGUCGAUGAGCGAUUCUGAGGAGAAAAAAUCUUAGGAAUAAUCGCAGAUGUUGGUGUCAUGUUCGAGAAUGAUCAGUUUUCUUUGAAAGGAAAAUGAGGUCUGUUUUCUAACAACAUGGCUAUGUAAUUAGAACUUUUAUGUGAAUUUAGAGAACUGUUACCCACCUUAAGGGAACCUUGAUACCAAUUGCUAUUGGCAUUCCCAAAUUAGUGCAUACAAAACAAAUAUAUCUCGCCGAAAUUGUUUUUUGGGGAGAAAGUGCUUCACAGAGAGAAUCUCUUGGUUCAGAAUACACUUCAUGUAAUAUUUCCAUAGUUGUAAAGAUCAUUUUUUAUGUAUCUAGUUUAUAUAUAAUUGCUUAAAAGUCACAAUUUAUCGAUAGCGAUAGUCUUAUGUAUAUCCCAUUGUUUUUUUAACAUUGGCCAGAAUUCGACAAGAUAUUGCAAAUGUUCGAAUAUCUUUCAUUUAUUCAUUUUGUCGAGAACUAACAAACAGUUCAAUAGAAAAAUAAAUAAUUUGUAUAAUAAUUAAUUUUGAAUCCAAUCGUGAACGAAAAUUAAAAUGUUGAAAUUACGUGUUAAGCAUUUUUAGAUAAAAGUCAAAUAGCUGGCCUAUUCAAUUUCAAUCACUGUAAAGCUUGAAGGAUCCAAAACCUCAAGAAAUUCUGUGUAAAAGCAUUUUUGUUGUGCAUAAUUUUUUGUUAAUUAUUGAUCUUUUUUCUGUUUAUGAAGUUGUAAGAAAUGAUAAUGGAUUUGAGGAUGUUCUGUAGAUUAUAAUUUAAAGAUUGAUCAAACUUUUUGAUGAUGUUUAUAUAAAAAUAAAUAUUAUUUCAUUAUUUGCGCUGUUUUGUUUAAUUUAAUUCUGUAGAGUUUGCAGGGAAAAAUUAAAAUAUCGAGAAGACUAUCCAAAGAUGAUUUGAAAUAUAAUGCGAUUUCUAUGCUUCAACUAAAA